CCUGUAUACACUCCCUAGCCAAAGGAAUCUCUCCAAUAUCUUGGCUCUACCCUCUAGGUCAUAUUCCUGAGCUACAGAGUACUCUCCCUAGCCUCAGGAUAUUAGUUCCCAUGAGUGAUCCUGUCAUGGAUGCCCAACGACGCUUUCCCAAUGUGCACUGGAUCUGGGCUGGAGGUAUCUCAUUUGUGUAUGAGGUCCACCCUCGUAUUGUGGUCAAGGUGCCAAAGUCUGGAGAGUAUGAGAGAGAGCAGUUCCAUAGGGAAACCAAGAUUUAUGAAAUCUUCUCACAGCAUUCUCCAUGCUGUUCUGUGGUGCAGUGCUUCUUUCAUACAGACAACGGCAUCUUUCUUGAGUACAUGAGAGAUGGGUCCCUGUCCUCUAGGAUACAAAACAAUCAGGCUAAGGAUCAGCAAACCAUGAUUGUUACUAAAGUAGAAAAGUUGGAACCUCUAUUUCUUCGGAAGAAAUGGAUGAAUGAUCUUGCUCAAGCCGUCGCCUUCCUUGAAUCACUUGGACUAGCCCAUGGCGACUUACGACCUGAAAACGUUUUACUGGACCGUGACCGACUGAAGUUAUCGGAUUUUGAUUGUACAGCCAAGCUUGGGGAAGACUUUGAAGCUUGUGUGGCCCCAUACGGAAGGUUACUUAACAGCAGCGAAAUGAACUACGGGCGGCCUGGAACUUCUGGCUUCUUGAGCUCCAGAACUGAGUUGUUCGCACUUGGCUCUCUAUACUAUCUGAUAAACUACGGCUUUGAGGUCUACGGAGAUCGAAGUCUUACUGAAGAUCCUAAGGAGCAUGGACCCAAGCUCGUGGAGUUGCUGCAGAACAAGGAGUAUCCGACACUUGAUAGCAAUCCAAUGAUUGAUGAUAUUAUCAGCAAGUGUUGGCACAACAAUUACGCUACAGUUGCGGAGCUCGCUGCACACACUGAUAUUGUUCUUCAUCAAGGAACUUAUAGGGAGAACUCCAAUGAAGGUACUGUUUCCUCGACCACCGGAUGGGGCGUGGCUAUGAUUGUGAGCCGCAUCAUCCAUGGAUUAUGGCGUAGUCUUGCCAAAUGGAGAUGGUUAGUGCGCCGGGAAAACAAUGACAAUCUAAUUAAUUCUAUAAAAACCGAUGGGGACAGCUGCGAAGUGCUGAACCAAGACUCGAAAACCGCAACUUGCAAGGACUUGGUACGCUGCGGGCUUCUUGAUCUGCUAUCUUCGGGUGAACCUGGACAGCUUGGUUUCCAAGUAGAAUGGUAUAGACACAGUUACCAGGUAUAAUAGGAGGAACCCGGUG